UGCAGAACAGUCUCCAGAUCUUGUUGCGUGCAAAGUGGAGUGGAGAGCGAGAGAGAGGGGAGAGAGUGAGAGCGAGAGAGAGCUUAAGACGCCAUCGCUAAAUUGAACGUUACGGUGACGAAGAAGGAAGCUUCGGUCGAGCGGUGGUGCUCACUCUCUCACUCACUGAGGGGGCGGGCGGCGUAAUAGGAGGUCCGACCGUCCUUGUGCUUGUGCUGGGCUCGGCUCGGCUCGAAUGGGAUGCCCCCGUUCUGGUGCUCUGUUUUCUGCUCGCAAUUGAGCUCUCCUGUCACUGCCCUGCUUCGUCCGGCCUCGGGCCUCAUGACGUCGUUGCUGUUUUCCAACGUCUGAUCGAGGGCGGCGAAGAGGAGGAACUCAGUACUGAACGAACGAACUAACGAAGGGCUGCUCUGUUCACAAUGAGACACAAGUUGCUAUUGGAGAUGGACGAGGAAGACGAAGAAGACUCCAGCUGAAUGAUUUUCGCUGUACGAAGGUGAAAGCUGGACGAAAAUUUAAACCAGCUGCAAUGAGGAAGAUGGGAGCAAGGCUCAAGGCACUGGCACUGGGACAAUUUCUGUCGGUGCUUGUCACUACGUUAGGUUACUCUUCAUCACUUUUGGUCCGGCAAGGUGUCAACGUUCCCACAUUACAGUCUUUUAUGAACUAUUUCGUGCUAGCUGUGGUGUACGGAUCUUAUCUGUUUUUCCGGAAAAAACCUUUGAAGGCCCAUUGGUAUCUCUAUCCUUGCCUCGCUCUCGUCGAGGUUGAAGCCAAUUAUUUCACGAUCAAAGCAUAUCAAUACACAUCAAUCACGAGCGUGACACUUUUGGAUUGCUGGGCCAUUCCGUGCGUGCUAGUACUCACUGCAGUGAUUCUGCAUACACGGUACUUCCGCGGCCACUAUCUUGGAGUUGUCUUGUGUGUUCUAGGCCUAAUGCUUGUCCUGCUCUCCGACGUACAUGCUGGAGAUCGAGAUGGUGGGAGCAAUGUCUUGUUAGGAGAUUUUUUGGUGUUCAUAGGUUCAACAUUGUACGCAAUCGCUAACGUUUAUGAGGAAUUCAUGGUGAAGAAAAAUGAUCGAGCAGAGAUUUUGGCUUUCCUGGGGUUUUUUGGCGCCGUCAUCACGGCUGUGCAAGUAUUCAUACUAGAGAGGAAUGAGGUUCGGGCAAUCCAUUGGAACUCUAGUGUGAUUAUACCCUUGCUGAUCUUUUCUGCUUCUCAGUUGUCAUUCUCCAGCGUUUUCUUGAUCUUGAUCCAGACUGAUGGCUCUGCAAUGUUCAACCUCUCCCUGUUGACUUCGGACAUGUACGCAGUUGCAAUCAGAUGGUUAAUUUUCCACGAAACGGUUGACUAUUUAUAUUUCGGGGCGUUUGCAACGGUGGCCGUCGGCCUCGUCGUAUACGCUUACAGUGGUGAACCGCCAGACGAAUUUGAUGGGAACAUCCCGUAUGAAAGAGUUGGCAUGUCGCUCGUGGAUCCUGUGGCGUCAGAUCCAGAACUUGCUCCCGGAACGUUUGACCCGAGUAUGGAGCUAGUAACAUCCAAUCAGGAGAAAGUUCAUGCCUUAGAUGUAGAGCUAUCGGUUCAGAUGUACGAGUUGCACGAGACUCUGCAGAAGAACCAACAGAGUCCAGGGAGGACGACUCUGUAGAUUGGUGAGAUGAAUUCUAUUCGACUUUCUGCUCGAUCUAGUCAGGCCGAGCAAACAGCCGAAGUUUUUGAACAUUGACUGCGCUUCAGUGGUGAAUAUCCAUGUAUCUGUCUAAUAAAUGUUCGCCCUUCUGC